AUGGGGUACUACUGGGUGGUUAGUUGUGUGUUAUUGUGGUGUGCUGUGGUUGGUCGCAAUGGACUAGCCAUGAGGAAUGAGGAGAUAAUGAUUUCCUCAGAUAAUUAUGACUAUGCAGAUGCUCUUGGCAAAUCCAUCUUGUUUUUUGAAGGACAACGCUCAGGGAAGUUGCCCACAAGCCAAAGAGUAAAGUGGAGGGGAGACUCGGCUCUCUCUGAUGGCAAGCUUCAAAAUGUGAAUUUAAUUGGAGGAUACUACGAUGCGGGUGAUAAUGUUAAGUUUGGAUGGCCAAUGGCAUUCACAGUCACAUUAUUGAGUUGGGCUGCUGUUGAGUACGAGAAUGAGAUAUCUUCAGUGAACCAGCUUGACUACCUCCACAGUGCUAUCCGCUGGGGCGCAGACUUCAUUUUGCAAGCUCACACUUCACCAACCACCCUCUUUACACAGGUGGGAGAUGGAAACGCAGAUCACCAAUGUUGGGAGCGCCCGGAAGACAUGGAUACACCGAGGACGCUCUACAAGAUUGAUGCUAAUUCCCCAGGAACUGAAGCUGCAGCUGAAUCUGCUGCUGCUCUUUCUGCUGCUUCAAUUGUUUUCAACAAAACAGAUGCCAAUUAUUCCUCAAGGCUAUUAACCCAGUCAAAAUCAUUGUUUGAUUUUGCAGACAAGUACAGAGGUUCUUACUCUGGUUCUUGUCCAUUUUACUGUUCGUACUCAGGUUACCAGGAUGAACUGUUAUGGGCAGCUUCUUGGCUAUACAAGGCCAGUGGAGAGAGUGAGUUCUUGAGCUACACCAUAGACAACCAAGGUUGGAGUCGGGCAGUAACUGAGUUCAGCUGGGAUAACAAAUUUGUUGGAGCUCAGACAUUAUUAACAGAGGAAUUCUAUGGUGGGAAGAAGGACUUGGCCAAGAUUAAGAGUGAUGCUGAAUCAUUUAUAUGUGCAGUGAUGCCAGGAAGUAGCUCACGACAAAUUCAUCCAACUCCUGGCGGGCUUCUGUAUACUAGAGAUAGUAGUAAUUUGCAAUAUGCCACGAGCUCAACUAUGGUGCUAUUCAUUUUCUCCAAAAUCCUAGACAGAAAUCAUAUUGAUGGAAUCAAUUGCGGCUCUGCGCACUUCGCCCCCUCUCAAAUUAGAGCCUUUGCGAAAACACAGGUGGAUUACAUACUAGGAAACAAUCCUAUGAAGAUGUCGUACAUGGUGGGAUUUGGCAGUAAAUACCCAAAGCAAUUACAUCAUAGAGGGUCAUCCAUACCUUCAAUCAAAGUUCACCCGGCUAAGGUUGGUUGCAAUGAUGGUCAGUCAGAGUAUUACUCUUCCCCCAAUCCAAAUCCCAAUACUCAUAUGGGUGCGAUUGUUGGAGGCCCUGAUUCCAAUGACCGAUUCAAUGAUGAAAGAUCUGACUAUUCUCAUAGCGAGCCUACAACCUAUAUGAAUGCUGCUUUCGUGGGUUCAGUGGCUGCUUUGCUUGGUGAAACCGAACCGAGGAGCUUGCAGUUUCCCCAGAUUGAUGACUGGAAGGCUAAUGAAGCUGAUUAG